CUGGGCGAGUUCGUUUUGCAUGGACCGGUACCCGGGUGGAUGAAGAUUUAACCUAAGCACCAAUGGAAUGGUCGCAGAUGUACUACCUCCACUCAUCCUGGACACCGGGGCAUGCAAAACGAACAAACCCAUUGGGACAACAGGCGUACAUUUUUACUCAUUUAUUUUACGUUUAAAUUAGCAAAUACCAGCACUGCAAUGGCAAUUGACUGGCUUGGAUUUGGCUACGCUGCAGCCAUAGUCCUUGGGGGAUUCAUGGGAUACAAGAAAAAAGGUAGUGUCAUGUCACUGAUAGCUGGGCUAUUGUUUGGCAGCAUAGCCGCCUAUGGGGCCUUCAUGAUUUCAAAUGACCCAACCAAGACUUUCUACUCCCUCGUUGCCUCAGGAGCGCUGACAAUAGUAAUGGGAAUGAGAUUCAAGAAAUCUGGAAAAAUAAUUCCAGGUGGUAUCAUGGCGGGACUAAGUGUGCUGAUGGUCCUACGUCUUCUCUUCAUGAGUGUGAUUGUAAUGUGAUUUGAACAAUACAACAACCAACUAAAGCAAGAUGGAAAAUGUCAUCACAAGGGAUGAAUUUGCAUUUACACAUUGUUUGUGCUUGCCUAUAUGUAUUAUUGUAAUCAUCCUUAAUGUUUGUACGUUCUUUAAAGAACUUGAUCCUGCAACCUAUGAUCAUAUUGCUGCUUUUAUGUCAUUCCUAAAGUAUGCAGCACUGGGGCAGUGAGUGCACAUACACAAUGACUAAAUGCUAUGUGAAUGUUGAGUAAAAAGGGUGUUACAGUGCCUUGCAAAAGUAUUCAUCCCCCUUGGCGCUUUCCCCAUUUUGUUGCAUUACAACCUUUAAUUUAAAUAGAUUUCUAUUUGGAUUUCAUGUAAUGAACAUACAUAAAAUAGUCCAAAUUGUAUGAAGUGAAAUUUUAAAAGGUACUUGUUUAAAAAAAAAAUACAAAUGGAAAAGUGGUGCGUGCAUAUGUAUUCACCCCUUUGCUAUGCAGCCCCUAAAUAAGAUCUGGUGCAACCAAUUACCUUCAGAAGUCACAUCAUUUGUUAAAUAAAGUCCACCUGUGUGCAAUCUAAGUGUCACAUGAUCUCAGUAUAUAUAAACAUGUUCUGAAAGGCCCCAGUCUGGAACACCACUAAGCAAGGGGCACCAUGAAGACCAUUGAGCUCUACAAACAGGUCAGGGACAAAGUUGUGGAGAAGUACAGAUCAGGGUUGAGUUAUAAAAGAAUAUCAGAAAGAAUAUGACAAACCUGCCAAGAGAGGGCCGCCCACCAAAACUCACAGACCAGGCAAGGAGGGCAUUAAUCAGAGAGGCAACAAAAGACCAAAGAUAACCCUGAAGGAGCUGCAAAGCUCCACAGCGGAGAUUGGAGUAUCUGUCCAUAGGACCACUUUAAGCGGUACACUCCACAUAGCUGGGCUUUACCAAAGAAUGGACAGAAAAAAAGCCAUUGCUUAAAGAAGGGAAAAAAAGCAAACAAGUUUGGUGUUUGCCAAAAGGCAUCUGGGAGACUCCCCAAACAUAUGGAAGAAGGUACUCUGGUCAGAUGAGACUAAAAAUUGAGCUUUUUGGCCAUCAAGGAAAAUGCUAUGUCUGGUGCAAACCAAACACCUCCCAUCACCCCGAGAACACCAUCCUCACAGUGAAGCAUGGUGGUGGCAGCAUCGUGCUGUGGGGAUGUUUUUCAUCAGCAGGGACUGGGGAAACUGGUCAGAAUUGAAGGAAUGAUGGAUGGCUCUAAAUACAGGGAAAUUCUUGAGGGAAACCUGUUUGUCUUCCAGAGACUAGACUGGGAUGGAGGUUCACCUUCCAGCAGGACAAUGACCCUAAGCAUACUGCUAAAGCAACACUUGAGUGGUUUAAGGGGAAACAUUUCAACGUCUUGGAAAGCCCAGACCUCAAUCCAAUUGAGAAUCUGUGCUAUGACUUAAAGAUUGCUGUACACUAGCGGAACCCAUCCAACUUGAAGGAGCUGGAGCAGUUUUGCCUUGAAGAAUGGGCAAAAAUCCCAGUGGCUAGAUGUGCUAAGCUUAUAGAGACAUGCCCCAAGAGACUUGCAGCUGUAAUUGCUGCAAAAGGUGUCUAUACAAAGUAUUGACUUGGGGGGUGAACAGUUAUGCACGCUCAAGUUUUGUUUCACAAAAACAAUGGUGCAUCUUCAAAGUGGUAGGCAUGUUGUGUAAAUCAAAUGAUACAAACCCCCCCAAAAAUCCAUUCGAAUUCCAGGUUGUAAGGCAACAAAAUAGGAAACAUGCCAAGGAGGUGAAUACUUUCGCAAGCCACUGUACUUCCUUGAAUAGUUAUGUUGUCUCAUCGGAAAUUGUUUAAGUUGAAUGAAGUACAGUCUUACAAUAACUAUUCACUCAGUCAUUGUAAGAACAAAGGAGCACUUUUUGUUGAACAAUUAAAUUUACUACUGGUUAUAAGCA